UCUCUCUUUAUAUUUCCCUUACUUUAUUGUUACUUUUAAACCUUCUUCAAUUUGCUCUCAAACCAAAAAUAUAAUACUCCCAAACAACACCAUACAAAAAAAAGAAUCAGAAUUCCCCUAAUAAUGUCUUCGGAUAAUCACACACCGACGAAAGAUCCACCGGAUCAUCCAUCUUCUUCCUUUAACCACCACAAGCAACCGCUUCAACCUCAACCGCAGCAACCCCUCAGCCGCUACGAAUCUCAGAAACGCCGAGAUUGGAACACGUUCAUCCAAUACCUAAAAUCGCAGAAUCCACCGUUGAUGAUGUCUCAGUUCGACUACACGCACGUGCUAAGUUUCCUAAGGUACUUAGAUCAGUUUGGUAAGACCAAAGUACAUCACCAAGCUUGUGUCUUCUUCGGACAACCCGAUCCACCAGGACCUUGCACGUGUCCUCUCAAACAAGCUUGGGGAAGCCUAGAUGCUUUGAUCGGAAGGUUGAGAGCUGCUUACGAGGAACACGGUGGCGGGUCACCUGAUACUAACCCGUUUGCAAACGGGUCGAUCCGGGUUCACUUGAGGGAAGUGAGAGAGUCUCAAGCCAAGGCCCGUGGGAUUCCGUACAGGAAGAAGAAGAGGAGAAAGAUUAAAAACGACGUCGCUGUUGUCAAGAAGGAUGUUGCAAACUCUUCGACUUCUAAACAGUCGUCCACUUGAUAAUUAUAUCAUAUAAAACAAUUUCCAAUAUAGGUAAUCAAUUUUAAAAUUCUGUUUUUAAAACAAAUUUAAAGUUUCGUAGUAUGAUCUUUUUUUUUUUAAAUUGAAAUUAUUCUCUCUGGAUAUCUAUAGACCACAAAACUCAAUAUAUCGGAUUAAUAAUAGUGAUUGAUUUCCAUCAAAAUUUCCUGAUGAUUUUCUAUUGUUAUUUAUCCUAAUGCGUGUGUGUAUAUAUUUUUUAGACUGAUUAGGUACUCAAAAUCACCUAAGAUUAAGGGAGAAUAUAUCACUAAAAUGUAGUUUAUAGUUUGUCAUAGAACUUAGCCGAUACAAAGCAGUUCUUAGCUAUUAGACUAUUAGAGUGUGUGCCAACUGUGAAUGUAUUUAAAUGACAUUAAAUUUCUGUACGUUGCAUGCCUCAUGAUGUAUUAACAUGUAUACAUUGGUAGUAUACUAGUAUACCGUAGUAGUCUGGUACACAUGUUGGAAUACACAACUAGAUAAAUAAUAGUUUUUGUAUUACAUGUAUAGAAUUAAGUAUUACUUUUAUGUGUAUAUAUAUAUAUAUACAUAUAUAUAUAUAUAUAUAUGUGCACACGUAUACAAAAUUUGUAGUUGUAUUACAAGGUCUAGAGCCCAACUAUGCAAAGAACUGAAAAGGAAACCAGUUAUACCAGCAUUACCAAAUCGUGAUUUAUGUAGCAAACCGAACUUAGGAUCGAACGGGCAAUAAACCUGUCUUCAAUAAUCACAAGAUUAAGAAGUUAAAACGAUCGAGUCGGUACGGUAUAGAAAGUGUUUUCAGAAACCCUAGAUCCCGGAGAGGGCUAUCUAUAUGUACGAACUUUAGUUAUACUUAUACCUAAAGUUAAUGUAUAUAUAUCUGUUUGUAGCUAGUUAUAAAUUAGCCAUAGGCCAUAGUAUUAAAUAAUAAUGGCCUGGAGUCAUGAGUUUAAGGAUAAGAUUGUUUUAAUAUGAUUCCAUAGUGCCAUGUUUCUUUAUGAAUUAGUAUGUUAUUCAUGGGUUUGGAAGUAUUGCUUUGUUAUACAAAAUGCAAGUUUAAAUCUAUCAUACUUGUAGCUGAUCGAUUAGUUACAAACCGGAA